UUAUCAAGAACAAGCUUGCUCAGCUUGGACUACCCUAGAAGUACCGAGGAGGUGGCUGUUGCGGGGAGGAUUAAGGAUGCAAUGAGGCAGCAGUGUGUUCCUCAGAUCGUUAGAGCGUGAUGGAUUGCUGGAUCAACUUCGGGCUGCUGCUGCUGGUUGUGUUCUUGGGGUAGUUUCUAAGCGGAUGGAUCCGCAAGCAAAGAUUACUCUUUUACGGAACCUUCAGCUAAGUAGGGUAUUUGGUUUGGUAACCGAGAAUAAUGACUCUGAAUUGGUUUCAAGAGUAGCUUCCUUGCUAACUGGGUAUGCUACCGAGGUUCUAGAAUGCUCUAAGCAUUCAAACUCUGAGGAUGCCAAGGGUGUUUCAAUGGAGCUCUUGCAUGAGGUUUUACCUUCGGUUUUUUAUGCAAUGCGGAGUUGUGAGGUUGACGCGACAUUCAGUGCUGUGCAGUUUCUUUCAGGGUACUUUGCCACAAUGAAGAGCCUUUCAACUAUGACGGAGACACAACAGCUACAUGUGGGUCAGAUAUUGGAAGUGAUUCGUGUGCUGAUUCAGUUUGACCCUGUUUAUCGUUAUAAUCUACAUGCAUUGGAUAAAAUUGGGAGAGAAGAGGAAGAUAGGAUGGCAGAGUUUCGGAAGGAUUUAUUUGUAUUGCUUUGUAGUGUAGGCCGUGUAGCACCUGAUGUUACUCAGAUUUUCAUUAGAAACUCUUUAGCCAUUGCUGCUGCAUCUUCUUCUGAUAGGAAUGUUGAAGAGGUAGAAGUUGCACUUUCCCUCUUCUUUGCACUUGGUGAGUCACUAAGUGAUGAGGCAAUGAGAACAGGUAGUGGUAUGUUGAAAGAGUUGGUGCCGAUGCUCUUAUCAACAAGGUUUCCUUGCCAUACUAGUAGGCUUGUCGCAUUUGUGUUUUUGGAUACAAUAACAAGAUAUAUAAAGUUUGUUCAGGAGAAUACUCAAUAUAUUCCCCUGGUUUUAGCAGCCUUUCUUGAUGAUAGAGGUAUACACCACCCAAAUGUGAAUGUUAGCCGAAGGGCUAGUUAUCUUUUUAUGAGGGUUGUGAAACUGCUCAAAGCCAAGCUCGUUCCUUUCAUUGAUACAAUUUUGCAGAGUCUGCAAGAUACUGUUGCUCGAUUUACUACUAUGAAUUGUAAUUCCCAAGAAUUUUUGGGACUUGAAGAUGGCAGUCACAUUUUUGAGGCAAUUGCCCUAUUAAUUGGAAUGGAAGAUGUACCAUUGGAAAAACAAUCUGAUUAUCUUUCAGCGUUGCUUACUCCUCUUUGUCAGCAGGUUGAGGUAUUACUCUUGGAUUCCAAAUUUCAGAAUCCAGAAGAAUCUCCUGCAAAGAUUGCAAAUAUUCAGCAGAUAAUUAUGGCCAUUAACGCCCUCAGCAAGGGCUUCAGUGUGCGUCUUGUAACCGCUAGUCGCCCUGCAAUUGGGCUCAUGUUCAAGCAGACGUUGGAUGUUCUCAUACAAAUUCUUGUUGUAUAUCCCAAGACAGAGCCCUUGCGGUGUAAGGUCACAUCAUUUAUUCAUCGGAUGGUGGACAUAUUAGGAGCAUCUGUUUUUCCAUAUCUCCCAAAGGCAUUGGAGCAGUUUCUUGCAGAAACUGAGCCUAUGGAACUGGUGGAUAUUCUGUUGUUGAUCAAUCAGCUCAUCUGCAAAUUUGACACGGCAGUCAGGGAGAUAUUGGAGGACGUAUAUCCUGCUAUUGCAAGUAGGAUAUUUAAUAUUCUCCCAAGGGAUGGGUUUCCUUCAGGACCUGGGAGCAAUACAGAGGAAAUUCGUGAACUACAAGAGCUUCAGCGGACAUUGUAUACAUUUCUUCAUGUGAUAACUACACAUGAUCUGUCUUCCAUUUUUCUUUCCCCCAAAAGUAGGGGCUAUUUGGAUCCAAUGAUGCAGUUGCUAUUGUACACGUCUUGUAACUCUAAGGAUAUUCUUAUAAGAAAGUCAUGUGUGCAAAUCUUUAUCAGACUCAUUAAAGAUUGGUGCAUCAGGCCUUGUAGUGAAGAAAAGGUACCUGGGUUCCAAAGUUUUGUAAUUGAGUCCUUUGCGGUGAACUGUUGUUUGUACAGUGUGCUUGAUAAAUCCUUUGAGUUUCAUGAUACAAAUACUCUUGUUUUGUUUGGAGAGAUAGUAUUGGCUCAGAAGGUCAUGUACGAGAAGUUUGGCAAUGAUUUUCUUGUUCAUUUUGUAUUGAAAGGUUUCCCCGCGGCACACUGUCCUCAAGAGUUGGUGGCCCGAUAUUGUCAAAAGUUGCAGGAUAAUGAUAUCAAGGCGCUCAAAACAUUCUACCAGUCAUUAAUUGAAAAUUUGAGACUCCAACAAAAUGGAAGCUUUGUUUUCAGAUAGCAUUGUCACCACUUGUGAACUGGAUCACUUAUUGCUGAAUGCUUCAUGUUUUCCUGCUAUAACUAGCUCUUCCAAUCCAUUUUUUUUCCCCCAAAGGGUUCUCCUUUUGUGGUACAUAUCAUUUUUCUGGCUAUUCAAUGGGUAGUGAGGUGUAAAUUUGCGAUAGCAGUUUUUUGGC